CGCGCCCAGUUCGCGCAUUCAGGCGUCAGUCAGCAGCGCUGGCAGAGAGAGAGAGGAGAGCGUAUCUCCACUUCAGCCAUAUGCAGUGAACCACUGGAGAGUCAGGGACCACCGCAGACGUGUAGAGUAGGCAGCGCGAGCAAAGCAACAUGAAUCCCCAGUGUAGCAGAUGUAACAAGAUCGUCUAUCCCACGGAAAAAGUAAACUGCCUGGACAAGUAUUGGCACAAAGGAUGUUUCAGCUGCGAGGUCUGCAAAAUGACUCUAAACAUGAAGAACUACAAAGGCUUCGACAAGAAACCCUAUUGCAGCCAACACUAUCCCAAGACAUCCUUUACCAGUGUGGCUGAUACUCCAGAGAACCUCCGGCUCAUGCAGCAGAGCAAGGUGCAAAGCCAGGUGCUGUACAAAGAGGAAUUUGAGAAGAACAAAGGGAAAGGCUUCAGUGUGGUGGCCGACACACCGGAGAUGCAGAGAAUCAAGAAAGCACAGGACCAAAUCAGCAAUAUAAAGUAUCAUGAGGAGUUUGAAAAGAGCCGAAUGGGAGGAGAGGCCCAACCUUCUGACAACAAUGCCGGUAAAGCCUAUCAGCCUUCCAGCCCUCAGAGUUACAACUAUGAGCCCCAGCCCCCACGCUCUGCUGCACCUCCACCGGCUUCUGGUGGUGGGAAGCGCUACAGAGCGGUCUAUGACUAUGUGGCAGCUGAUGAGGAUGAGGUAUCGUUUGCGGACGGAGACAUGAUCUUGGACGUGCAGCAGAUAGACGAGGGCUGGAUGUUCGGCCGCGUCGAGCGCACUGGCCAGCAGGGCAUGUUACCUGCCAACUACGUUGAGGCUAUAUAAGCAAGAGUCAGGAGAGAGGAGGAGAAGGAUACAGGAGGGAGGGAUGCACAGAGGAACAAGCCGUGUACCAUUUACACUUAAGAUUUAUUUUUCCCCCCAGUUUCACUAUUUGUUUAGCUUGGUCUUAAUUAAAUGAGAGAAACAUGAUCAGGCACCUAAGCUUUAGCUCUUUAGAAACAAUGCUAAUAUGCUUAAAGUAAAAACUGCUCCUGUCAGCUCAAUGAGUUUUUUUUUUUUUGUUUGUUUGUUUUUUUUCUUUUUUCUUUUUCUUUUUUCUUUUUUUUAAUCUUUAUUUCAUUUAUUCUCCUUUUUCCAGUGCAGAGAAGUUUGUUGGGUAUGUGCAUUGCUUUGCCUUUGCAUUGAAAAGUAUGGCUCAGUUUGUUCUCCAUAUGUGGAUUCAAAAGUUGCAGUGGAAAGUGUUGAAGUGCGAUGUCUUUCAGGGUGAUUAGUUCUAGAAAUGAAAGUUAAGGCUGCAGUGUAUGCUGGGAAAUGCAGUUUCAGGCAGUUGUUUAUCUGAACGGCCAGAUGAGUGGCCAGCACUCAUUGCUCAAUCAUUGUCUUAAUCGACAAAGUCUUAAUCACAAGCUUGUUAUAGCAAGCACUGCAGACGGGUGGGGGAAGCCCUUUAGAGUUCUUUUUAUGCACUUUGAGGGGGAAGAAAUACCAACAAAAAUAAGGGUUUUAUAUGAAAAAUAGAUAUGGUACAGUAAUUUACUGAAAACAUCCUGAAUUGAAAAAAGCAUCCAUAAUAUUUGAGGUUUUAUAGAAUUCUGAGUAUAUAUAAGCAUAAUCAGUGACUUAUCAUUCCAUUGUUAUUUUGUAAUGAAGCAUUCCAAUCCAUGAUUAUAUUAAAUAAAUAACUGAUAUUUGAAGCA